AUGUCCAUAACAGCACCACAAACCCACCUUCUUGCAUACCCGUUCCCAACUUCAGGUCACGUAAUUCCCUUCAUCGACCUUAUCAAAAAUGUUGUCUCUCGCAACGUACAUGUCACUUUUAUAGUAACGCCAUCCACCCAACAUCUAGUUUCCAGUGAUUACUCCCCUCUCCUUCAAACCCUCCUUCUCCCCCAACCUCAAUUUCAAAACGGCCUCAUUGGUAUCAUCUCUUUCAUCCGCAAAUCCCACUACCCAAUCCUCCUUGACUGGGCCCGAACUCACCCUUCACCCCCUUCAGCCAUCAUCUCUGACUUCUUCCUUGGCUGGACUCAACUCCUCGCACAAGACCUCCACGUCCCGCGUUUAAUCUUUUCCCCCUCUGGCGCCUUCGCGCUCUCCUUUUCCUUCUAUUUAUGGCGCAAUCUACCCCAAAACGACAACCCGGAUGACCCCAAUACCGUCCUUUGCUUCUCAAAACUACCGAAUUCCCCGAGUUACCCCUGGUGGCAAAUCUCAGAACUAUUCAGAAAACUUAAAGGGGAAACCGGUUGGGAUAUACUAAAAAACGACUUUCUGUUUAAUUUUGAAGCUUGGGGUGUUGUUUUCAACUCGUUCAUUGAUUUGGAACCAGCUUACUUUGACCAUAUAAAAAAAGAACUCGGCCACGAAAGAGUUUGGGCAGUGGGUCCAGUUUUGCCAACUGAACCCGGUUCAACUGGACCGGAAGAGAGAGGUGGGGUCAACACUAUUUCAUGCGAAGUAAUCACCACGUGGCUUGAUCAGCGUGAGGACCGUUCGGUUGUUUAUGUCUGUUUCGGAAGCCGUACGAUUCUCACGACAGCACAGAUUGAGGUUUUAACAGGUGCAUUGGAGUUAAGUGGGGUCAAUUUCAUACUAUCUGUAAGGGCUCCUGAUGAACGACACGUGGCGCAGGAUUGUGGUAAAAUACCGAGUGGUUUCAUUGAACGGGUGAGGGGGAGAGGGUUGGUUAUCGAAGGAUGGGCGCCGCAGUUGGUGAUACUGAGUCACCGUGCAGUGGGAUCGUUUUUGACUCACUGUGGUUGGAACUCGGUGUUAGAAGGUUUGGUUUCUGGUGUUGUGAUGCUGACAUGGCCAAUGGGUGCGGAUCAGUAUACGAAUGCGAAGCUGUUAGUGGAUCAGUUAGGUGUAGCGAUUCGAGUCGCAGAAGGGGAAGAGAAUGUUCCAGAAAUCAAUGAGUUUGCGGAAAUAAUGAAAAGAUCUUUAGGUGGGGUGAAGGAGAGGGUAAGAGCUGAAGAGAUGAAGGAUGCUGCAUUGGGUGCUAUCAAGAAAAAUGGAAGCUCUCAGAAACAGUUAGAUGCGCUGGUGAAGGAGCUAAAUGAACUUAAGAAUGACUAG